AUGGUCGGCAUCCUCAAGCCGAGACGAUCUCUUAGGCUCAAAGAUGUGAAGAAAGUUCAUUACGACGAGUCCAGUGACGCCGGCUCUGUGCCCGAUCUAGAGCUCAAGCCUAAGCAUGUCAAACGGAAAAUAAAAUCAUCAGACGACGAAGACGGCUAUGAGCCGGACCGUGAGGCCACGCCGGUGGAUGGGAGUACCCCAAAUCGGAGAGUGAAACGCAAGGUCUGCAUGUCGGAGGAUGCACGACAGCGAGCUGUCGACAAGUCUCCGAACAAAGGCGCCUGCAUUCUAUCGAGGCUCAAUGACAGGACAGUCCAAUUUUGCCACGUACUUCCACGAGCCACAGACUCGUCAGUGCUCGCGUCUCUGGAGUGGUGGUGGGGUCUGACAAAAACACUAAACGUGGACUCCCAUCAUAAUGUGGCUUUCCUUCGUGGAGAUCUGCACGUACUGUGGGAUCGUGGAGACCUAUUGAUCGCUCCGAUGCCUGAUGUGGUCAUGAGGCUGCUGGAUAAGUUCACGGAUAGCGGGAGAUACAACAUUUGGGAGGUCCUCGAAGAAGAGAAGUUUUAUAGCUACUCUGCGCUCCCUCACCCAGCCCUUGCAAAUAGACAAACCCGAGAAGGGUUCGCCUGUAAAUUCGAUCUAAUCGAAUGUGUCCAGUCGCAGGCAAAGCCACACUUCAUGAUAUUAAACGCUGUCAUGAAGAUCAAGGAGAACAAGAAGCUGUGGAUAAAAGUUCUAGAGGCGUUCUACAAGAGAAUCAAUCUCAAGGCUGAUGCAUCCCGUGUUGUGGAGGGUAUGGUGACAUUGGCUGACUUGUGGACUGCACCACCACCCUGGGAUGCACAGUUGGUAAGGAACGAGGAUGAGCCGCAGGAGCUAGAGGACGAGCCGCAGGAGGUAGAGGAUGAGCCACAGGAGGCGGAGGAUGAGCCCAGCCUUCCCAUAAUUAUUCCGACAGGUAUACCAAGGACGCCUGAACGGCCGAAAGCUGUCGUUGGUCCAGGAGGCCUUGUCCAGGAUAUAGGCCGCGAAUCGAAGACCCCCGAGCCCGAAGACCAAUCGUGCAAUAGCAAUCUAAAGUCGUGCGCUGCCCAAUUAACGCCCACUGGUCCACGGUGCCUGCUCAGUCUGCAAGAUGACAAGUCCGUUCAGUGCUGCCACGUCGUCGCGCGAAGCACUACACGCAAAACGCGUCAAACCCUUGCAGCAUGGUGGGGGCUUGUUGAUUUCGACAUCAACACGCCUUUCAACAUCUUCCUAUUGAGAGCCGAUGUUCACUCCAUGUGGGAUCAAGGCGAUCUGCUGUUUAUGCCGGAACCUGAGGUCAUCAAGAAGUUUUUCGCACAAUCUAUUGUUCCCAUAGAUGUAGGCAUGUCGCUGGACGAGCCAUUUGAAGUGUGCGAUGGCCCCAUCCACAAAUACUGCGUUGUUGCCCACCGCGACGUUCCAGACACAGAGAAGAACUCUGCUUUCCGAAGGGAAUUCAAGACCGUGGGCUACGUGUAUUCCCGUGUCCCUCCCCAAUUCGCUACAUACAACGCCGGCUUGGCGCUGUCGAAGGGUGCCGGACCAGCUAAUUUCGUAAUGGCUUUAGACGCCUUCUACAAGGAACACAAGGUCAACUACAACGCGAUCGAAAUUCUCAAUGAGACCCUACAGGUCUUCCGACGAUGGAUAGAACGCAAGCCGCGUGUACUUGGCAUGCGUCGCACUGCCCGUCGUCGCAAGUAA